AUGCAUUUGAACUGCCGCGUCACGGAAAUAGCCCCAAUCGGCAAACCCAAGGAUGAGCGGAAAUGGCAACAUCGUGUAACGUACACUGAUGGCCGGAACGGAGGCGUUGAACGAACUUUUGACUGUUCCCACAUUGCCAUUUGUACUGGGCUUCAUGUGCAACCCAACAUGCCACACCUCCCGGGAAUUGAGAACAUGAAAGGCGAAGUCUUCCACUCUUCACAGUACAAGCUUCGAUCACAGCUCACGGGAAAGAAUGUGCUGAUCUUGGGAUGUGGAGAGACGGCUAUGGACAUCGCCUACGAAUCUAUCAAAGCCAACGCCCAGUCCGUAACCAUGUGUUUCCGCACCGGCUUUCUUUCUUUUCCCAAGGCCCUGUCCCAGUUCCAAGUUUUCGGCAAGCAAUUCAAAGGCGGGCUACCUAUCGACGGUCUCAUCACCAAUCUCUUUGAAACAGCUUACGUUCAUCGAGCUAUUGCAAAAUCUCGACUCAGAUGGUUUGUGUCGGAUUUUGUUAUUAAACGCGUCCUUUGGUUCUUGACCGGCACCCAGGCUGGCAUGAACCAACAUGUCGGAGAAUUACCGCAUGACCGCUUGGGAAGGGCGUACGUCUUUUUAAACAAGAGCAGUAAGGCACAAUGUUAUCUGAAUCGUCCGUACAAGGAAAAACAUCCUUUGGCGUUCCUAGGAAACAGCUACCUCGAUCCGCCUGAAGAUGCCAAUUCAGAUCGAUGGGUUGACACCUGCACGUUCCCCGAACGGAUCGACGAGACUGGCAAGGUAACCUUCGAACGCAGACCGGACCGAAAGGACUGGAGGAGAAUGAAAGACAAAGAUGUCCGACCAGACUGCGUCAUCUUUUGUACAGGCUACACCCAAACCUUCCCCUUCCUACACCCCACCUACCCGCGCCCCUCGUCGGCCACGAUCCGCAACAUCGUCUCCCCCCUCGACCCCUCCAUCGCCUACAUUGGCUUCGUCCGCCCCGGCGUCGGCGCCAUCCCCCCCAUCGCCGAAGCGCAGGCAAUGUGGUUUACCGCCCUCAUCACGCACCGCAUGCCCCUCCCCACCUCUCCACCGCACUACCACCUCCUCGCCAAAAGCUCCGCGCGCAUCCAGUACGGCGUCGACCACAGCGCGUACAUGAGCACGCUCGCCAAGGACUUUGGCGGCGCCCCCGGGCUAUGGGAAUUGUGGACCGAGCACGGGACAAAGGUGCUGCUGGCGUACUGCUUUGGAGCGGCGUUUGUGAGUUUUUAUCGAUUGGUGGGGCCGUUUCGGUCGGAGAGCGCGCCGGGGAUUGCUAGGGGCGAGUUGUGGGAGACGAUUACGAGGAGGGGGGUUUUGGGGAAUUUGUUCUUUGGGGUGAGUGUGGCUUUUUAUUCUUGGAAGUGCGUGGCUGCUGUGGUGGGGAAUGUGCUGACGGUAGAGAUAGGUGAUACCUAUGAUUUUUUAUGGAAUCAUUAA